AGCGCGAGCGACGAUAUAAACGCUAAUAAUAUUGGAAAUUGUAUUAAAAAUAAAAUAAAAUUCAAUGGUAAAGUUAGUAAAAUGAUAUUGUUGACAAAUUGAGUGAAAAUUUGCAUAUUUUAGUGUAUUGCAUUUCCAAUUCAUGUAAACUAGAUUAUUUUCAACAGCAAAAACGUAAGCAAAAAAUGGACUACAAAAAACUAAAACGUCAAAUAUGUAUAAAUUUGUGUGUAUAAUGUACAUUCGCACAUACAAAUAAGUGAACGAUUUGAUUUGCGAAUCGUGAAGGCGACAAAGUCAACGAAGAAGAGCGAUUUCAAGUAUUGAACAUUAAAAAGUAAAAUUAUAUGGGUACAUAUGCGUAAAACAAUUAUUCUUGCUUGUAACUAAACACUACUAGUAUUGGCAGCGUGGAAAAGGUGUGGAUUGUAAGCAAAGUGCUGGAAAUGCAUUAACAGCGCCCAUUGGUAGUUCGGUUCAUACCAAAGAGUUGUUUGCAAAUAUUUUGGUUUGAUUAUCAAACUAAUACUAAGCAGUCAUUGAGGUUUUACGCUGUAAAAGUAUAAAACCUUGUAGUUAUAUCCCGGAAGAGAAAUCAAUACAGCGCCAUAGUCCUGCUGGAUAUCAGUGAAGGCUAUUUCAGCCAUCGGAAAACAAUACACACAUACAACGCAUAAGCUAGGCUGUAGGAAAUGUGGUAGAGCUGGCACACCAUGGUCACGUAUGUGAGCCUUGCACGAAACGCAGCAGGUCACGACAAUUCGGAAAAAUAGCAGCAGCAGUGAGAGAAGCUGCAAGAUCACGACAACUUGUACUUAGACCACAAAAUCAUUGAGUUCGACUAUAUCGGCAUUCCUAUGAUAUCAUCAACACAGUAAUGGAGAAAAAUACAUUGGCUGCUGAAGACAGUGUCGAUUCGAUACCGGGUCCGGCAUAUGAACACAUUAUUGUCAAUGCGUCCACCUUAGCACCGACUUUAAAAAGUGAUCUGAUCUCAACGAAUAUUUUAGCGGUAACAGAGGAUGAAGAUGCGGAUAUGGAAGACGAUGAAUGUAGCGGAGGUAACGAUGAACAUAUGGAUGUAGAAGAUGAUCAAGAUGAGGUUGAUGAUGAACUGGAGGAGCCUGAAACUGAAGUUGGAAGCUUUGUGGAUGAUGAAUUUAAUGAGCGUGACGAUUAUAAAGAAAAUGAUAGUCACUUGAAGCUUACAAAUUUGAAUGCAUUAGAACAUGAUACAGUUGUUACCGUUCCACACACUGAACAAAUAAGCGAAAUUGAUAAUAGUAGUACAACUACAGUAACAACAACAUUGGUUAACUCUGCACCGAAGAUGAAUUCACAAACCGAGGCAAUAGUUGAAUCCUCUCUGGACGGAGUUGCUAUUUGCCCCGUACCGGUACAAAUCGUUUCAGCUGUGACCGUGAAACCUAAAAUGUUGCCAAUGAAAACGAAAAAUAAUAAGCUCAUUAUGGUACAGAUGAUGAAUGAACAGCCGGUGGAUAGGGCUAAAUUGGGUGUGCAUAGUUCAUCGUCUAGUCAAGCCUCCAACGGCUCGGGUAGAACAAUCGAUGAGGUUGUUGAGUCCGUUGUGUCGGAUGUCGGCAAACUAAAUUCUCCUAAUCAAGAGAAAUCUCCUGAUUCGUCACAACUCAAUCAACAGCAACAAAAUGUACGCUUUCUUGCACGUAGUAGUACACCGUUAUCACGCGAAUUUCUUGCACUUCAACGAUCCGUAAAUGAAUCAAAGGUCUUAAGUGAGUUUGUCACUGAUGCCGUAAGAAAGCGCCAAAAGAGUGCACCAAAAGAUGCGAAUGAACAAAUUUAUACACAACAACAACAACAACAUCACCAUCAUCAUCAUCAUUACUAUGGCGAAAAGCACCGCAAACCUAGUAAAUUCGCUCCAUUGAAAGACGAUAGUGGCAGUUCGACAUCGAGCACUUUGCAACGACGUUCGCGUAGCAAGAGCGUUAAUCGCAAAAGUGAGGAUAUUCUGGACUCAUCCAUCGGCAAGCUCAAACGCUGGCCAUCUGAUGAGAAGUUGCUCAAACGCACUAAUAUGCGCUCGCAAAAUUCCGAAUUUGUACAAAAACAAAUGGAAUUCUUGAAUCGUGUCAAACAUGAUGAAGGUGAAGUGUCCUCAGAAGCGGAUGAUGGCGAGCGUAGUUUUGCCAAUGUUGGAGAAGAUGAUGAUAUGAAUUUGGUGUUGGUGGAGAAUAAUGCAAUAAACGAUAGCAAUGCAUCGGCUGCUGGUUUGGUGAGCAGUAUAAACUCUUUGCUGGACACAACUUUGGAGCGUGAGACCUCAACCAAUAUUGUAACAACAUCUAAUGUCGAUAGUGUAGAGGCACGUUUAAAAAAAUAUUGGGCACCGCCACCGAAGAGAGGCUGGGAUAGCUUUUGUUGGAAAUGCCGUCAGUCUGUUGAUUUGUUCCCGUGUUCCAAAUGUGUACGUUGCUACCAUUGUACAUGCAUUAAAGUGACAGCAGCCACAAAAUUAGAUGAUUCGUGGGUAUGCCCAGAGUGCAUGACUGUGGAGAACGUACUAAAUGGCCCCAAACGCUCUCGUCGCAAUGAGAUGUCCUUAGAUGUGCUGAGUCAGCUGCUCUCGUUCGCUUUGAAACGCAUGAAAAUGGUUAAAGGGUAUUCCAAGUUCCUAUACACCGACAGUGAUCUAUUACAUUACUCCAAGUACAUUGCAAACCCGGUUACAUUCACAACGUUACAGGAGAAAAUUGAAAAACGCACCUUCCGUUGUUGCGAAGAGUUCCUCAACGAAACAAAAUGGAUACUACACAAUGCACUCAUACUUAACAGUGGCAGUUCUAGUAAAGAGGUGUUUACUGCCAAGGCCAUAUUGAAAGUUUGUCGACAGGAGACCAACGAAAUCGAUACCUGUGGCGAAUGCUAUUUGAACGCUAACACACGUACCGAUUGGUUUGUGGAUGUUUGCGCACAGCCACAUCUCUUAUUAUGGGCCAAGUUGAAGGGAUUUCCAUAUUGGCCAGCAAAAGCUAUGGGUCCCGGACAGGGACUCUCACAUGUGAAUGUACGCUUUUUUGGCGAACAUGAUCGUGCUUUUGUGCCAAUCAAGGAUUGCUUUCUUUAUUCGGAGCAGGAUCCAAAUACACAAACAGGCAAGCGUUCGGCACGUGAGUUGGCCGAUUGUAUCAAAGAAGUUGAGGUGCAUAUUGAAAAUAUUAGAGCUAAAGUGGGUGCAUUCAAAUAUGCUAAAUUUAAAACACCCUACGAACCAACUGAGGAGCUCCAGCAACUGGAAAUGAUGAUACCUGGUGUGAUGGACUAUAUGAAGCGGCAACAGGCGCUGGUGCCGAAACCUUCGUUACAAUAUAAAAUUGUAAAGACCGCAGAUAAUCAUUUGUCGAUUAUAAAAAAGGCAUGUACAACAGAGUCGAGCAACGAUUCUGAUCAUUCCGCCAGUCCGAAUAAGAAGCCCAGUAGUGUUACAUGUACAAGCAGUAGUUGUGGUGUUGGUGAAGUCAAGGGAGCUAUAGUUACACCCAAGUAUGAAGUGGUUAGCAAAGCAAGUUCCGAUGAUAGUAAUUCGUCAAAGGUGACCGCCGUCAUAUUGAAACGCAAAUCAUCGAGCGAACACAAAAAGGAGGCUGGUGAUGGAGUGGAACUACCCAUGCCGAAAGUGAUAAAAUUUGACAAGGAAGAUGUUGAUCAGCGUUUGGUGGGAGGUGUUAAUCUUACUGCUAAGCCUGAUGUCAAUGCGGAAACCAGUACUUACAAUGCUUCCAGCAAGCGUAAGUAUGGCACUGACACAAGUGGUAGUAGCGUCGACAGUGCCACUAACGUGACUGAAACAGCGGACCGACCACGCACGAAGCAUGCCAAGCAUGAGCCACGUGUUCCAGUGAUUACAAUUAAAACCAAUGCCAAUGCGUUAACAGUGGCAAUGGGUACCGAAAGCAAAAUUGCAUCCUCCUCAGCAGUACCUAAUUCAAAUAGCGCUACCACCACUACCAAAGUAAACGCGGAAGCUAGAACAACUGCUGCAGUAAAUGAAGUGAAGGAAGAGUUGGCUGUUGUAGCAACACUGGUACCCUUAACUACGCCGUCGAAUAAAGCUCAAGCAUUAAUGGAGAACUUGGUUAAGAAUAAGCAUGGUGUGACAAUUAAGAAGAUAUCGAAGGAGGGUCAAACGAGAAAGGCCGAUGAAUCUGCAAAGUUAGCGGCUGGAAUGAAUACAGUAAUAGAGGAGACACAGACAAACACCGACUGUGACGCGAAGAAACCCGUUGCGGCAACAGAUACAGCAAGCGGCACACAAACAAGUGGAUCCACCAAUAAUACUGAUAAUGAUAACGGUAAUGCAAAUGUCAAAAAGUGCCCGGAGAGUAGCAGUAGUAAUGCAAAUAAAACGGAUGACAGUAAAAAAAGUUCUACAAAAUCCACAACAAAUACACAUAUUCUAAAAGAUUUGGUGCCUUUUGUUGAGAUAAAGAAAGAAAUUACUUCGGACGAUGAGGCAGACAUGCAAAUAGCAGCCAACAUAAAUGGUGCACAGAUUAACAAACAUGUGAACGAAACAGCGCCCAAUGUUACACCGGUAAUUGUGCCAACACCAAAGGUAAACGUUGAUACUACAUCGCAUGUUUCAUUACCUGUUGUCGUAGUGCCGGCUGUGCUGCCGAACUUGUCACUCAUCAAGCAAGAAAUAAUGUCAGAUGAGGAGGAAACCACUACCGCCACAGCUAAUACUGUCACAACUUUUUCAGCUACACAGCAAGACCUAAAUACAACAUCAACUGGUGGCGAUAAUGCAUCCAAUAUUCCCGCUGUCGGGUUACCCGAUGCGGUGCGCGUCGGCGACACUAUGAUCCAACGGUUGAAUGCGAAAAAUAAUCGCGGCGCUCAACCCGGUCUGGUUUCACUCAAAACCGUUGCUGCAACAACGCCGGAGGGCGCUGCUGUGAUGGAUAUGCCAAGUGUGCAGAAUUCCGCGGCUAUGCAUAUAAGUCCCGCCAAUAGACGGUCCAAUACUCGUGGUGUGCCAUACGGACCACUGCCGGCAUCAGCUGUUCCACAGUCACAAUCGCAGAUACAAAAAAGCACCACGCAAGCCAAUCGCGCUACAAUGCAACAACAACAGCAAUUAUCGCAAUCAUCGCCAGCGUCUCAAGUGCAAACUCAGUCGCAAUCGCUGCAGCCACUACAACGUGCACGCAAAUCAUUUCCGAACCGCGUUACGCCUGAUAAUGGUGCAACGCGCAGCAACAAUUUUUCGUGUGUACCACUCUCAUCGCCUGUUCUACCGCCACCCUCUACAUCGCCCCUAUCGAACAAUAACGAUUUGAAAAGGACGCUCUUGAAGAACAGUAUGGUUUCAAUACCAAGACAAGCCUGGUCGCCGCAUGAGUCUCAACGAAAUGUCAUUGUUAACAACAACAAUACUAACACACAUUCAAUACCAGUGCCACCGCUUACCGCGGUUUCGAAAACACCAACAGUUGUGGCGGUGCUGGGUGACAAUAAUAAUGCCGACAGCACAAACAAUAAUAACAUGUUGAUCAACACGAAUCCCGCAACGAAUGUUGCCAUUAAUUCCGCGGCAAUAGUCACACCUUUUGUCACUUGCAAUGGCGGUAUUGGUCCAAACGGACCUGCUCUGCUCACGCCACUCACCAUGUCAGCACCGCCGCCACUGGCGGGACUCUCUCAACCAUCCUCUAAUAUGUUGACACCCAUGGUUGGCGCUUCUAUGUGCACAAAUAUGCCAAUGAGUGGCAACAACAACAACAUUAACGUCAGUAGUGGUAGCGGUAUCAUGUCCAUAUCCUCAGCAGUUGAACUGCCCACACAACAGACAGUCGGCAUUUCAAGUAGCGCAAUCAAUGCGGCCAGCACAUCUAGUGUUGAUGUUGUCACAUCGAGUUUAACAUCUAUGGUUACGGAUGCGAUCUGCCGCGGUCCACCCAGGUUAAUGCAACGCCCUAACGGUCCAUUGAAAUCGGAUGGUACGACAAUGUUUCCCUCACAAGCGGGACCAGUGUGUCAGACACUGGUAGAGAAUGCGCAUAAGUUAACGGACUUCUUCAUAUCGGUUAUGGAGGAUACCAUGUUAGAGAUGUCCGAAGGCGAUGAACCCGUAUUACAAGCUAAAAUAACCAUACUUAAAAUAGAACUUGAGCGCACCAAACAGGCGUAUGAGCAAGAAAUCGCCGAACUUAAACGCACCUCUGAUCUGAUGCUCUCCGAAAUGCGUAAAAGCAUGGAGAACGAGAAGACGCGCAUCUCCAACGAGAUACGCAAACAAUGCGAGCAGGAACGUUUGAGAUCCAUUGAGGAAACUAAAAAGAAACAAUGGUGUUCAAAUUGUGGUCGAGAGGCUCAGUUCUAUUGCUGCUGGAAUACAUCGUACUGUGAUUAUCCCUGCCAACAGAUGCAUUGGUCGCGCCAUUCGGCAACCUGUGCACAGACACGCCCAACUAUUGCCAGCGCUAGCGAUAGUAUGGCGAAAACGGUUAGUACUAUGACGACGACGGUAUCGGCAAUGGGACUACAACAACAGCCACAACAACAACAUGUAGGUUGCGGUAAUAAGAACUCCAACAAUAAUAUGACGGCCGUCACAACUGCAACUUCAAUAGCUGCGUCACAACAUCAGCCAUCAACGCUGUAUAACAAAAACAACAACAAAAAGGAUAAACAUAGUACUUCGAAAGUGAGUCAUCAGCAAUCCGCUACAAAUUCGUCUAGUGUCGGCAGUUCGAGUAACAACACCAUGAACUCAAUUACCCCCGUCAAUGCUGCUGGCGUGGCAGUGGCACAGGGGGCAGCAACAGAGGUGCUCAAAUUGCCCUCCAACACAUAUUUGCGCACUGUGCCUCAGUGCGGCAAUCCUGGUAAUGGUAAUAGUGGUGGUGGAAAUUUGCGCAGCUCGACGUAUUCAGUGCAACGCGUCAAUAUACCGCUGCCCAUCACCGCACUCGUGCAACGCGGCAAUAGCUGGGAGCUUACCAGCGCAGCACCCAAUAAUAAUGUGGGCGCGGCAAAUAUGGCUACCAUAACCGCUCCAGGAUCGAAUGUCACACAGGCGAUGACACAGUUAACAACUCAGCAACAACAACAACAGCAUCAACGUAUGCUUAGUGGCGGUGGCACUGGAAAUGUCAGUGGUGGUGGUGGCAGUGCAUCAUCAAAUAUAAGUUCGUCCCGAAGUAAUUCGCGAAGUCGUGCUGCUGCAGCAGUACAAGCAUUACAACAAACAAUGGCUACUAUACACGGACCAACCGGUGGCGCGGCAACGUCAAUGUCUUGUGGCAUGCUACGACCGACACAAAUGUGAUGAAGAGCAGCGGACGCAUGCUCAAAUGUCGUCAAUCAAGAAGUGACAGCGUCCACACAAAAUGCAAUGCGAAUAAGCGACGGCAGCUGUAGCAAUAAAAAUACCAAUAAACUGCUAGGAAAAUUUAAGAAAACUUCAUCCGCGCUGUACAACAAAAUACCAGUAGUAAAAGCAGCACCUGUAGUGGCCCAGAAGCAUUCGUUAGAGGCAAUAAUCGAAAGUUCGCCGCUUUCCAUUACGCUUGUGAGGAAAUAAAGUUAAUUUGGAUGAAGAGGAAUGCAUAGUUGAGAUUCUAAAAUGUUAAAAAUGGCGUUUGCUUUCAAUCACUUGCAUUCACAAUUCAUUUUACAACAAUAAUAAAGAAGUGCUGUGCACUCGAAUUUGUUUUCAAUUUGACAUUUCGCAUAAUUUUUUUAGUUUUAAGUUGUGUAAAUAAAAGUGAAUAUCAAAUAAAUAGAUAUAAGUAUUGCUAUUAUAAUAGCUAGAGACCCGUAGACUACAUGAGAAAAAUGAAUUCAACAUAAAUACGCUAAACUUAAACUGUACUCGAGUAAAUGUAUCUACAUAAUAAGUUGUAUAAAUCAUAAAUUUAAGUUAGUUUAAGUAUUUUUAAAGUAUUGGUUCAUUCAGAGAUUCAUAACAGUGAAAUACA